GGGGGGAACAGAUGAAGCACAUCUGGACAGCUGUGCUGAGAAGCUGUGCGGCCCCCUCGCGGGCCGACGUCAGCCGAGCACGUCCCCCACGUCCUCUCCUUCUCGCCACUUAUUAUUUAUUCGUUUUCCCAAAGAAGCGACUAGGGACCCAAGUUUAAAAAUUCCCCCCCCACCCAAUGCGAGACGUGGCCAGAUCCCAUCCAACACACGGUUUAAUUUUCAUGGGGCUCUGGGAUCAAAAGAACAGAAACAGCAACAACAAAAGCCCAGCCGCUGUCUGAUUUUAAGCUGGCAAAGUGGGAAAAAUAAAGUGUUGAGUAAACAGACCAAGUUGGGGUGCUAUGGGCCAGGUUUCUGAAGUUGGGUGGAGGUGGAGGCCACCGGCAGUGAGUACAACGCCCAGGGGAAGCAUGUGAGUGGGAGGAAGAAAAGAGAGUUUUCUGGAGCUGUUGCAAUGUGUAUGCUGGUGAAAUCGACUUGAGCAUUAAGCAGUAUCUCCCAGCAUUGUUAGCUACUGAGUGGCACAUCUUCAGUACGCAUGAUUCGUGGGGGACUCAGGCAGAGGUAAAAGUGUGAAACUUUUCAGCAUUACCUAAGAAACAAAGGCUCAAUUUUGGCUGCUUCAUUGUUAUCCCUUCUGCCACAGUUCUAACGUGCCUGAUCUACUGAGACCAAGGAUGACCAAUGACUCAGAAGGGAAAAUGGGAUUUAAACACCCAAAGAUCAUGGGGAAUUUCAGAGGUCAUGCCCUCCCUGGAACCUUCUUUUUUAUUAUUGGUCUUUGGUGGUGUACAAAGAGUAUUCUCAAGUAUAUCUGCAAAAAGCAAAAGCGAACCUGCUAUCUUGGUUCCAAAACAUUAUUCUAUCGAUUGGAAAUUUUGGAGGGAAUUACAAUAGUUGGCAUGGCUUUAACUGGCAUGGCUGGGGAGCAGUUUAUUCCUGGAGGGCCCCAUCUGAUGUUAUAUGACUAUAAACAAGGUCACUGGAAUCAACUCCUGGGCUGGCAUCAUUUCACCAUGUAUUUCUUCUUUGGGCUGUUGGGUGUGGCAGAUAUCUUAUGUUUCACCAUCAGUUCACUUCCUGUGUCCUUAACCAAGUUAAUGUUGUCAAAUGCCUUAUUUGUGGAGGCUUUUAUCUUCUACAACCACACUCAUGGCCGGGAAAUGCUGGACAUCUUUGUGCACCAGCUGCUGGUUUUGGUCGUCUUUCUGACAGGCCUCGUUGCCUUCCUAGAGUUCCUUGUUCGGAACAAUGUACUUCUGGAGCUAUUGCGGUCAAGUCUCAUUCUGCUUCAGGGGAGCUGGUUCUUUCAGAUUGGAUUUGUCCUGUAUCCCCCCAGUGGAGGUCCUGCAUGGGAUCUGAUGGAUCAUGAAAAUAUUUUGUUUCUCACCAUAUGCUUUUGUUGGCAUUAUGCAGUAACCAUUGUCAUCGUUGGAAUGAAUUAUGCUUUCAUUACCUGGUUGGUUAAAUCUAGACUUAAGAGGCUCUGCUCCUCAGAAGUUGGACUUCUGAAAAAUGCUGAACGAGAACAAGAAUCAGAAGAAGAAAUGUGACUUUGAUGAGCUUCCAGUUUUUCUAGAUAAACCUUUUCUUUUUUACAUUGUCUUUGUUCUUGGUUUUGUUUCUUGAUCUUUUGUUUGGAGAACAGCUGGCUAAGGAUGACUCUAAGUGUACUGUUUGCAUUUCCAAUUUGAUUAAAGUAUUUGAAUUUAAAUAUUUUAUUUUUAGCUUCGAAAAUAUUUUGGGUGAUACUUUCAUUUUGCACAUCAUGCACAUCAUGGUAUUCAGGGGCUAGAGUGAUUUUUUUCUAGAUUAUCUAAAGUUGGAUGCCCACACUAUGAAAGAAAUAUUUGUUUUAUUUGCCUUAUAGAUAUGCUCAAGGUUACUGGGCUUGCUACUAUUUGUAACUCCUUGACCAUGGAAUUAUACUUGUUUAUCUUGUUGCUGCAAUGAGAAAUAAAUGAAUGUAUGUAUUUUGGUGCAGACACCUGAAA